AAUUGGACAGAGAGGGAGGCGGCAGCGGCGGGGAGCGACGACAGAAACCACCGUGUGUUUUCACUUUAUACCUCCCUCCCAAACAACGUGCACUUCACAAGACUAUCGGACUAGCUAACACCGUCUCCGUACCAGUCAACGCUGGCGUGACAAACUGCUUUCGAGCAGCUGAGAGGAUGAAGGGGAGGAAUCCUGGCAGUUUGUGGACUUUGUAGCAACAGAAGAAACAGCAGCACUGGCAGCAGCACUGGAAGCUCCUGUUUGACACCUCUGUCUGCAGCCGAGCUCACCAUGAGUUAGAGGGCAUUGGAGACCUUCACCACAGCUGCCUUCCCCAUCGUUUUGAGCACCUUGUCACCUUGACAGCAGCAUCACUCGCCCUGCUUCAUGAGCCAGCAGGAUGCGUCUGAGGUCCUCGCACUCUCCGAGCGCCUCCUCAUAGCUUCACACAAGGGGCAAGCCGACAAUGUGGUCCAGCUCAUCAACAAGGGCGCAAAAGUAGCCGUUACCAAGUAUGGCAGAAGUCCCCUGCACUUGGCUGCCUACAAAGGCCACAUUGAGGUUGUUCGUAUUCUGCUCAAAGCUGGCUGUGACCUCGACAUCCAGGACGACGGGGAGCAGACGGCGUUGCAGCGGGCCGCUGUGGUGGGAAACAGUGAUGUCAUCAGUGCGCUCAUCCAGGAAGGGUGUGCACUGGACAGACAGGACAAGGAUGGCAACACAGCUCUCCAUGAGGUGUCCUGGCACGGAUUCAGUCAGUCUGUCAAAGUACUGGUGAAGGCUGGAGCCAACACUCAUGCUAAAAACAAGGCAGGAAACACAGCACUCCACCUUGCAUGUCAGAACGGUCAUGCUCAGAGCUCCAAGGUUCUGCUCCUGGGAGGCUCCAGGCCCGACAGCAAGAACCAUGCGGGGGAUACGUGUCUGCAUGUGGCGGCCCGCUACAACCACGUGGCAGUGAUCCACAUCCUGCUGGGAGCCUUCUGCUCCGUGUCAGACAAGAACCUGGCUGGGGACACACCGCUACACGUGGCUGCUACUCUGAACCAUAAGAAGACAGUACGUCUGCUGCUGGAGGCUGGUGCAGACAGCCACAUCUGCAACGUUGCAGGUCAGACAGCUUUGGACCAGGCCAGAGAGCACAACAACCCAGAUGUGGCUCUUCUACUAACCAAAGCUCCCCAGGUGCAGAGUUUUAUGCGUGGCAGGAGUGUGAGGAAGAGGAGAGACAAGCUGAAGGCAGAGGGCAGAGCUCAGUCUGUGCCCAGAGAUGAGAUGCUGCCCUGUAAGGACAGUGCCUCUGCUGCAGAUGACACUCAGAGCAGCGAUCGAGCUGCCUACAAACACACUGAGGUCACAGAGUCAAACACCAGGAGAGGAAAGAACAGGAAGCAGAAAGAGAAACCUUUAUCUGACCCCCUCCGGCGCAAAGAGACCAGGCACAGUGAAGCCUUUCACAAAAGGAAAUGCAAACUGCGAGGAGCCGCCCAUCAUGCAUCUGUCCCUCCACAUAACUACAAAGCCUAUCAGCUCUACACACUGUACCGCGGCAAGGAUGGCAAGAUCAUGCAGGCUCCUCUGAAUGGCUGCCGUUGUGAACCUCUCAUCAGUAAACUGGAGAACCAACUGGAGGCCACUAAGGAGGAGAUGAAGACAGAAAUCCACACUGUACAAGACCUGAUGAACAGCAAGAUGGGCCAGCUGGACCGCAAGAACAAACACCAGAUCCGAGCUCUUGAUAAGAUGACAGUGGAGAGAGUGUCAGCAGAGAGGACUGAGUGUGUGCAGAGGAUUGAGCAGCGAGCUCUGCAGGAGAGGCUGGAAACUGAGAAGAGACAGCAGGCGUCCCUGGUCAGUGAGCUUAAGAGCUGGUGUCUGUCCAAGCUGCAGAACAUGGAUCUUCGAUUCACAGGAGAUCCCAGCAACACCAAGCUGCAGCGCUCCUCCCCCGUCGUCGAGGGUCUGGAUGAAGCCGAUGGAGCCGGCCUCACAGUGCUGCCCUCUGGCCAGGGAGGCAGCUCCGAGUGCCUGGAGCUCCACAACAGCUCUACCCUCCUGGAGUCCAGCCAGGGCCAGCCCAGUGUGGCAGAGGGCGGCUCAGCCAACCACUACUUUGUGGUUCAUGUGGAGAGCUCUCCAGACGGUGAUAAGGCUCAUAAUGCACAAGUCACGUCUCCUGCAGCAGCCAAGAGCCCAAUGUCAUCUGUCCAGGUGGUUCGGCCGAAGGAGCGUCCUGUGAUUUGUACUGAAACCCAGAGGAAGAACCAGGACCUGCAGGACGUGGACAUGUUGGAGUACGGGGGGAAAGGAGGCAAGAAUUACAGGGCCAGCAGCCUGUCUCCGGCCACAGAGCGUGUCUGCAGCAGCAGGACUGAAACUGGACUCAGAGACAGGGAGAGAGGGCGGGAAAGAGGGAAACACCACAAGAAGCACCCCCAGGGCAGGACUAAGUCCAGAGGGGCCACAGGGGUCAGGACUCUGGAGGUCUUUGGAGACCAACCCAAUGAACCCUCCUUUGCUCAGGAGCGGGACAACAUGCACGCUCUGGAGGUGACCCAGUACUUCUUUGAGGCGGUGUCGACGCAGAUGGAGCGCUGGUAUGAGAGGAAGGUGCAGGAGGCUCGCUGGCAGGCGGAUCAGAGGGCUCAGGCCGACAGAGCUGCUCUGAUCGAGAGGAUCACUUACCUGGAGGAUGAACUGCGCAUGCUGAGGACUAACAGACAUGAUGACUGCUGACACAACUCAUAUGUCACCACCAGGCUGCAUAAAACAAAAAUCCAUGAGAUUUUACUCUCUUCCAACAGCCAUGACAUGACCCAAAAAUAGAACAGAUAUGUUCCUGGACAGCCACAGCCAUACUGAACACAUAACUGGAUUCAUUAUGUCCAGUGCAGUAGAUAUAAAGCUGUGGGGCCUGAAGCCAUUACAUCAUAUCAUAAUGGAAUACUAAAAAUGUUUCACACAUAAACCCCUGUCCUGUUGGUUUUUAUGGUAGCACUGUACUGGUAUGUUAAGAUGUUUAAAUAUAGUUCUAUAGAAAUAAGGGCAGCUCGUGUGCACUGUGUUGUAAAUAUACCAGUAGAUAUAAAGCUAUGUGUCAAAACAUUAAUCCAAUGUGCCAUUAAGGAGAUAGAUACAUCAAACACCAACAAGGUGUUCAGUGUGUACACACACACAUCUACGUACACACACUGUCAGCCUAACCUUGCUCUCGAUGUUGAUGUGAGUAACACCAUGAGCAGAAAAAAUAUGUAAAUGUCUGAGAUCUGCACAAUGGUCAUUGGAUUAGAGUGAAAGCUGUGUGGAUGGAGGGAAUUACAGUAUGAUAAGCUUUUUGUUGGUAUCAGCAUGCUGGGAUAAGCCCUUUCACUUUAGAUGAACAAACUACUGUAUAUCAACCUGAAGGUUUUUAAUAUUUUUGCUACAUGGUGUGAUUUGUAUAGUUAUACAAUUUUACAGUAUUUAAAUGUUUUAAUUUAUUAAAUUUGAGAACAAUUUGAUCAAUUAGGCAUUUAAAUUAAAAAAAAGAUUUACAAAAAAUGACAUAUAUUUCCUCAUCCUGGUUGAAAAUGUUGAACAAAUGGAAUUGCAACUAAAAACGUAACUCCUUGGUAUUCCCUUACUCAUUUUCAGUCACAGAUUGUAUGUGUUUACAUUAACAUAUACAGUACUCAUUUCAUGAUCACUUUAAUUUUAAGAUGUGUGCCAAUACAGGUACACUGAGGUUUGGAGACUAAAGGAACAUUAAAGGUAUUGUCUUUUUUCUUGCCUUCAAUUCAGAUUAUUCAUUUUUUUAAAUGACUGUCAAUGAUGUCUUUAGAUGACAGUUAGAUACUGUUAAAGUGUAUAAGAAUUGCAUCUGCACACUCCAGACUCCAUAGAUUUGAAAUAACAAAAUAAUGGGUAACUGCUCGACCAGCUUCAAGCUAAACAUUUACUCAAAAAUAUGGCUCAGUCAAGGAAUGACAUGUCUCCACACCAGCUUUCUGUAGGCAAUCGAACUGCUCAGUAGCUGUGAAGUGUAAUAAGUGUGUGAGUGGAAUUAAGUGUUUACAAUCAACUGGAAUGGGCAGUAAAAAGAGGGCAAACACUCUUUGUAAUUGUACGCAUCUCUCUACUAUUCUGUU